CAGAUUGAUGAGAUAGACACAAACAACGACAUGGACGAGGGCUGUCUGCAAGUGUGUGUGGAUAUCUGGGUCACCAAACUACAGCCAUCCUGGGAGAAACUGUCUCAUGUACUGAAGGAACUGGGGGAAGUGGAACUGGCGCGUCAGGCCUGGAGUGAAGAUCAAGACCCAGACGUUGGUGGGGGAGCAGCAAAUUUCGAGGUGCAGCCACAGGAGUCUACUGCACAGAUGGGUGGCACCACCACUGUGGCUAGUGAGCUAAGCGCUCCCCAGAGUGCUGAUGAUGCAGAGAGCAGAGGAUCUAAGAUCACCUUGUUGAAGAGCACUGGCAAAUGUGAUAGGCCUUAUAAGGAGCCACUGGUGAGAGUUUUCAAGGAGAACUGUGGCCACGAAGGCAAUGUAGACAGUGAGAGUGGUUACAUCAUCAACAAUGAAAGCAAUGAUGUAAUAGACGAUGGUGUUGAGGAGGAGAAUAACAAUAUUGAGCUGUCUUCUUUCGCCAAGUGCAUGCAGGAACAGUGUGAAAAUGGAGAGGCAGCGGUGUUUGCUCUUGGAAGUGUGGACCACAGUGUGUCGGCAUUGAAAGUUCCUGAUGUUCACCAUGUCUUUGACAGGGUGCUACCACUCCAGAGUAAGGCCAUGAUACACACAAGAAGUGAAUUUGGGGCUACAGAUGCUAGUGGUCUGGCUGAAGUGGCUGCAAAGCUGGAUUCUGAGGGAUGUGGAGAAGGGUCAGCCGAUAAGACUACAUAUGGAAUUCAGAUGCAGCGGCAGGCAGUGGAAUGUAAGACCACUGGGCCCAGACUCCCUGACGGUGAGUCACAGAAGCCAGCUGCUGCUGAAGCCAACCGUGUGCCUUCCACUGCAACAAAGUUCAAGAAAAGGAAGAGAAGGAAGAGAAGGAGGAGACGCUCUCUCUCGCCACCUACAAGUGAAGAGCGUGGCCAGUCUCAGUGUACACAGACAAAGGCCAAGAAAUCGAGUGGGGACAUGCCCCUCGACUAAUGGGUACUGCACAUGGGUGCUGUUUUCAACUUACUGUAAUUUAGUUUUAGCAGAUUGUGUGCUGUUUUCAACUUACUGUAAUUUAGUUUUAGCAGAUUGUGUGCUGUUUUCAACUUACUGUAAUUUAGUUUUAGCAAAUGCAGAUUGUGUGCUGACUCAAACUUAUUUAUAGCUGCUGUAUAUACCUUUUUACUAAUAUUUGUACUGUUUUGUAUUAUAAAGCAUCUCAAUUAUUUUGAUAAGAUGACCAAUGGAGAAGCUGGCACAGUCAUUUGCACAUGUACAUUCUAUGCCAUUUCCACCUGGUAAUGAACCGUGAUGUCCUGUGGGUAGCCGCAGUUG